AUGGCUGAUAAUUUGAUUGAGGUAGAGGGUGCUUGGAGAUGGCGGACUUCUAAGGAAAUUCCUUUCUCUGUUAAGCAAGUUAGAGAAGAUAUAGAAGCCGCUAGAUGGGCUAAUGUGCCAAACGAGCCAGAACUUGUCUGGAACAAUUGGGCUACGCCUAAAGGUAACCAUCUCCUGUGGAGGGCUAUGCUCGGAAGAGUAGCUUCUAGAGUGGGAUUAGCUCGAAGGGGGAUCCCGAUCGCUGAUAUCGGCUGCCCUCGUUGCGGUUUAGAGGCGGAAUGUCCGGAUCACAUUUUCCUGAAGUGCUUGUGGUCCAGGUCAAUUUGGUGGAAUAUUUUGGCAUGGAUCCGUAUUAGUUUUCCGGCGGAUUGCGACUCGUUUUCGGAUUUAAUAAAGUAUAUAAAAGAGAGUCCGGGCAGCAAGGUUUGGAAGCGGCUAGUGUAUACCAUCAUUAUUGCAACGACUUGGAGAAUUUGGAGCGCGAGAAAUGCUAUGGUUUUCGAUGGUAAUUUUAUCCCAAUUAUGAAGACGGUCGAUUUGAUUAAAGAAGAUUCCUUUUUAUGGAUCAACAUAAGAGCGAGGAACAAGAAACCGGUUUGGGAAGAUUGGGUCCGAUUCGAUGUGUUAGAUCUUUUGUAA